UUCUCACAACCUCCUUUGAGUCUCUCUCAUGCCUCUCCAUUCCCAAAUUUGGUCCCACUCUCUUUCUCUCUCUCACACUCUCCAUCCUCCCUCCCCAUCCCUCCCUCUUUCCCUUCAACCUUUCCACCCUCUCCAUUUCCUCUGCAAAUUCCUCCCUCCCUCCCUCCCUCCCCCAACUCCACUUCCAUCUCUCUCUUGCAAAUUUCUGAAUUCAUCUCCCUCUUUCUCUAACCAUUAUUUCUCUGGAGCCAAACAAAAAAGAGGGGACAGAAACAACAACCCCUCGUUUGUCUAUCUCUCCUCUCUUCUCUUCGUCUCUCUCUCAUCAAGGAGAGAGGAGGGACCUCUUAUCAAUUCUCUCCUCCACAUCAUGAGUAUCAAAUUCAAGCACUGAGCUUUAACGUAUCAUUUGAAAGCUCAAUACUCAUUAAAAAAAAAAAAAGGAAAAAGAAAAGAAGGUGCAAUUAGCUCAAUUUAACAAAAACCAACAACAUUUUAAUUCGUUUCAUCAAAACAGAAUGAAGAUGGUCCACGGAUCAAGAGAAGGUACAGGAAGAAGCGGCGGUGGGGGGUCCCGGCAGGCGCUGAAGAAGGGGCCGUGGACGGCCUCAGAGGACGAGAUCUUGACGGAGUAUGUGAGGAAGAAUGGUGAAGGAAACUGGAAUUCAGUUCAGAAGAAUUGUGGGCUGUUGAGGUGUGGGAAGAGUUGUAGGCUGAGAUGGGCUAACCAUCUUAGGCCUAAUCUCAAGAAAGGUGCCUUUUCUCCUGAGGAGGAGAGGCUUAUCAUUGAGCUUCACGCUAAGUUUGGCAAUAAAUGGGCUCGCAUGGCCUCUCAGCUUCCUGGUAGAACAGACAAUGAGAUAAAGAAUUAUUGGAACACAAGAGUUAAGAGACGCCAACGUGCCGGUUUACCUAUAUACCCUCCUGGCAUAGAAAACCACCAACAGCAGCAGCAGCAGCAGCAACAAGAGCAAACACAACCCAACUCUUCAUCAUCUUCAGUUUCAUCUCUUUUCCUACAACCAUCUCAUCAACACCAAGAACCCAAUUUUAACCACUCUCUAUCCCUCUUUGAUCACAUCAAUUUUUCGAAAACAUCGUCAAGUCCUAUGCAGCCUCACCUCGCAGCUUUCUCACCUCUCUACUAUCCCAACAACCAGUUCCAGUUUUUAGGCCACGACGAGAGGAAAGCCGGUCCUGCUUUGCCGUUCCCGUCCUAUGUUUCGCCGUUCCAGUCUUCGUCGCCGGCUCUGUUUAGCCAGAGCAUGCCCAAUGAGUUACUGCCAAUACCUUCAUCCCCUCUGUUUAAUUCUGGUGAUUUGGAUGCCAACCAAACACCAAAACAUGGAGCCUCAAUUGGCCUAAUUGGUUUAGCCCCAAGUAAAGAUACAGAGCUACCUUCAAUCCAAUCAAUCAUGCCGGUGACUACUACGACACCAAGUUCUUCCGGCAAUACUGGGAGUGACUACACAAUGGCAGCAUCAAGCAAUGCUGAAGAAUAUGAGACUGCGCCGGAGAUGUCAAUGGCCAACAGUGGCUUGUUGGAAGCUCUGUUGGAGGAGUCUCAUGCUAUGGCGCGCACCGACAAAUCAAAGAAGCAGAAAUUAUUGCCAGCCGAUGAAGGAGUGAAAGCAAAAGAUCCAUUGGAAGAGAUGAACCCCAUUGACGAUGAUUUGUCGAGCUUACUAGACAACUUUCCCCUUACCGUGCCCGUUCCCAGUUGGUACGAUGGAAGUGACAAUUUGUAAAAUGAUGGAUUAAUAGAUAUGAUCGAUGACAAUCUGAAGCUUGAUAGUCGGCUUAAAACUUUACCGCCUCCGGUUACAACCACCUCGACAAGAAAGAAUAUCUUACUAAACCCUAAGGUUACGUUGGGAGAACAACAUGCCCGCUAUAUGCCAAGAACUUGGUGAAACAUCUGAAUUUGAUUUAGAGAAAUUAGAGAUUGAGGGAUUUAUCAAAUCUCUCUUUAAUUACGUGUGUCUUAGGUUUUAGUAAUCCUUUCUUUUACAAUUUGUUAGUUUGGGAGCGCUUGUCUUGUACAAGCUGGCUUAAUUUAGACUUUAUGUAGCCUUUUCUACUCAGCAAUUUAGUGUACAGCUCUCGGAGCCAACGAGCACUAGCUCUGUUGAUUAUACAAUGUUGUAUAAAUGUUAUAGGUUCAGCUCUUGUAAUGAAUUAAGCUCUUUGCAGCACAAAAACUUGUACCGGUUAAUUUUAGC